AUGACCGGGGUCCUGUGCGUAAUACGGCAGGACUCGAGGGUAAAUCCGGGGAGAUCCAAACCGGAGGCGCGUCGCGUUAUAAGUACGGAGUGGGGCUCCGACACGGGCCGUCUCCAUCACAGAUUCCGAGAGCUCCCAAGGUCGCGCCGCGGCUCCCCCCUCCCCCACCGCAUCCCGCCGGUCGCUCGACUCGCCUCACCGCCGCCGCCGGUCGACAUGGGGUUCGUGUCCUUCGCCGGGAGGGUCCUCUUCGCCUCCGUCUUCCUCCUCUCCGCCUACCAGGAGUUUACUGAAUUUGGAACUGAUGGCGGGCCAGCUGCAAAGAAUCUGCAGCCAAAGUUUAACAGUUUCACCAAAAAUAUCUCCGUACACCUCGGAGUGGUGGUGCCUCAUGUAGAGUUGAAGCAUGUUAUUGCCGCUACCAUUGGUCUGAAGGGUCUGGGAGGUCUCCUGUUUAUCGUCAGCAGUUCAUUUGGUGCUUAUCUCCUGGCCCUCUACCUUGCUUUCAUCACGCCUGUUGUCUACGACUUCUACAACUACGACAUGGAGAAGGCUGAAUUCGUGCAGAUCUUCAUGAAGUUCACACAGAACCUGGCACUGUUUGGAGCCCUUCUCUUCUUCCUGGGCAUGAAGAACUCGGUCCCCAAGAGGCAGGCCAAGAAGAAGGCCCCCAAGUCCAAGACAACCUAG